AUGUGUGGCAUACGUGAACCAUUCCAAAUUCCACAUGAGUAUUACCAAGAAGGUGACCUCAUCAUUGGUGGGAUGGCUUCACAGCUUUUCGCUUAUUUUGAACCCUUCUCCUUUACAGAACACCCAAAGAACCAGCUAAUUGAUACAAAUGUUGCCAUUACCAAGAACUACCAGCAUGUCCUAGCCUUGGUCUUUGCUGUGAAGGAGAUAAACGACAACCCCAAGAUUUUACCAAACGUCAGCCUGGGUUUCCAUAUCUGUGACAGUUACUUCAAUGCAAGGAUGACUUAUCAGAGCACCCUGAACCUCUUGUUCAAUUCCAAAAACAUCAUCCCCAACUACCGUUGUGAUACACAGAAGAAUAUGAUAGCCAUCAUUGGUGGACUUGAUUCUGAAACGUCCCUGUACAUGGCCAACACCUUCAGUGCCUACAAGAUUCCACAGGUCACCUACUGCUUCUUUUCUCCAGAACUGAGGGAGAAAACCCAACUACGUUCCAUUUACCAGAUGGUCCCUAGUGAAACAAAUCAAUGCAUUGGUGUGGUGCGGCUUCUUCUGCAUUUCCAAUGGACAUGGGUUGGAAUCAUUGCAGUCAAUGAUGGUCAAGGAGACAUGUUUGUGCAGAUAUUGUUGGCACUCCUAUCUGAGAAUGGCAUUUGCCCUGCUUUCAUUGACAGGCUUCCACCUUUCUCUUCCACUGAAGACAUGAUAUAUGAUUUCUAUAAAAAAGGGAAUCCGUCUUUUUUGACCCAGAUCAAAAUCAAAGUAUUUGUUUUAAGUGGAGAUACUCACACCAUGAUUUCCUUGAAAUGGUUUCUAUUUGUCGCACAAGGGGAAGUUACGACUGUAGCAAUCAAGGGUAAGGUAUGGAUUAUGACAGCCCAAUGGGAUUUCUCAUUACACACAUUUGAGCGGUUGUUGAACAUAGAAGUCUUCCAUGGUUCUUUAUCCUUUACAGUUAAGUCCAAAGAGGUGUUUGAGUUUCAAAAUUUCCUUCAUAUUGUAACUUCUCCUUGGCCAAAAGAAGAUGGCUUCCUCCGGGUUUUCUGGGAACAGGCUUUUAUGUGUUUACUGUCAGAUUCCGAAGAGGAUAAGGAUAAAACACACAGAUGCACUGGGGAGGAAAAGCUGGAGAGCAUUCCUGGUCCUUUUUUUGAAAUGAGCAUGACUGCCCAAAGCUACUGCAUCUACAAUGCUGUCCAUGCAAUAGCACAUGGUUUACAUACCUUGUGUGUAGCCAGACAAAAAUACAGGACAAUGUCAAGGAAUGGAGACCUCCUGCAAGCUUCAAAUCAGCAGUCUUUGCAGCUUCACCCUUUCCUAAGGAGUGUCUCAUUUAACAACAGUGCUGGGGACCCCAUUCACUUUAAUGAGAGAGGUGAACUGGAAACUGGAUUUGGCAUUAUCAACUGGGUGACUUUCCCAAACCAAAGCUUUCUAAGAGUGAAAGUAGGAAGGAUCGAUCUACAGGCUUCACAGGUCACAGAGUUCACCAUUAAUGAGGAGUUAAUCACAUGGCAAAGGAAGUUUAAUCAGGUCCAACCUUUUUCUGUGUGCAAUGACAACUGUCAGCCAGGUUACAGCAGAAAAACAAAGGAGGGGAAGCCAUUUUGUUGUUAUGAUUGUGCUCCAUGUCCCGAAGGGAAGAUUUCAAACAAGAAGGACAUGGAUGAUUGUUCCAAAUGCCCGGAUGAUGAAUAUCCAAACAAAGACCAAGAUCAAUGCCUGCCAAAGUUUCUCAACUUCCUGUCCUACAAUGAGCCUUUGGGGAUCACUUUAACUUUCUUGGUGGUUUUAAUGUCUGUCAUCACAGUUUUAGUACUUGGAAUCUUCAUGAAACACCGGACCACCCCCAUUGUCAAAGCCAACAACCUGAGUCUCACCUACUGUCUACUUAUCUCCCUCCUGUUCUGCUUCCUCUGCUCAUUACUAUUCAUAGGCCGGCCUCAGAUGCUGAGCUGCCUUCUCCGUCAAGUAAUCUUUGCCAUCAUUUUCUCAGUGACUAUUUCUUCCUUGUUUGCAAAAACCAUCACUGUGGUUCUGGCUUUCAUGGCCACUAAGCCAGGGAGCAAGAUAAGGAAAUGGGUGGGGAAGAGACUGGCAUACUCCGUCGUUCUUUCUUGUAGUAUUAUUCAAGCAGGACUUUGUAGUCUAUGGCUUUACACAGCUCCCUCAUUCCCAAAUGUGGACACCCAUUCAAUGUUUAAAGAAACAGUAAUAGAAUGUAAGGAAGGAUCAGUCAUUAUGUUUUACUGCGUUCUGGGGUAUCUGGGUUUGCUGUCUAGUGUGACCUUUUUUGUGGCUUUCUUUGCUCGCAAAUUGCCCAGCACGUUUAAUGAAGCCAAGUUCAUCACUUUCAGCAUGUUGGUGUUUUUCAGUGUUUGGCUGUCCUUUGUGCCAACGUAUCUGAGCACGAAGGGGAAAUACAUGGUGGCUGUGGAGAUCUUCUCCAUCUUGUCCUCUAGUGCUGGUUUACUGGGUUGUGUCUUUUCUCCAAAAUGUUAUAUCAUUAUUCUGAGGCCUGAGUUGAACAGCAAGGAACACGUACUACUAAGAAAUUAG